AUGAGCCUCCAUAGAGAUGGGGAUUUACCUCCUGCUGAUGCUACUGAUCCCAGGUCAGUGCAGUUCCAUGUGGUGACAGAACAGACGACCUGGACAGCAGCUCAGCAGUACUGCAGAGAGAAGUUCACUGACCUGGCGACUAUAGACAACAUGACAGAUAUGAAGGAGAUCAAGAAAGAGAUGCAGGAUGCAGGGACAGACUCCACACACCCCUAUGUGCUGGUAACCCCUGGGAAGACCUGGCCAGAAGCUCAGAGAUACUGCAGAGAGGAACACAGAGACCUGGCCAGCCUGAGGAACCAGUCAGAGAACGACCUGGUAACCAAUAUCAAAGGGUUUCCAAUUCCUGGAGAGGUCUGGAUCGGCCUCUUCAGAGAUGCCUGGGAGUGGUCAGAUGACAGCAGCUCCUCCUUUCGCAACUGGGAACGUGGAGAGCCCAACUAUGGUGGCAACAAUCCACAAGAGUUCUGCGUUGAAAUGAAAUCUCGCUCUGGUCAGUGGAAUGAUCACAGCUGUGACACACCACGUCCCUCCAUCUGCUAUGAAGACAAGCUGGUUCUGGUUAAUGAGAGUAUGACCUGGAUGGAUGCUAUGCAGUACUGCAGACAGCACCAUGUGGACCUGGUGUCUGUGACCUCUGAGAAGAUCCAGCGCUGGGUGGAGGGGUGGGCCAAAGGAGCCUCAACUACCAACGUGUGGCUGGGCCUGCGCCAUUCCUGCACUUUUGGCUUCUGGUUCUGGGUGAACGGAGACUCAGUCUGCUACGACAACUUUGCUUCAGAUGGGGACAGAAUGCCGGGAUGUGACAAAACUGUGGCAGCAGUCGACAAAGAUGGGGGCCAGUGGUUCAGCCUAGAAGAGACUCAGGCACUUGACUUCAUCUGCACCAAUGAGGAGUGCCAGGAAAAGGGAGGACCUAGAAGUGACCGAUUCCCCAUGUCGUGGACCCAGUGA